AUGAAAUUUACGGCCUCUCAUUUCUUCACCCUCAUCGGGGCUGCCACGGCAGCGAGUCUUCCCCGUUCCUCCCCUGCCCCACUCACCAACAUCACCAUCUUUGCUCCACCUUCCGACUAUACGAUUCCGCGGACUCUUUAUGCCCGCAAUGAGCAAUUGCCAAAUGGUGAUCUUCUUGCAACAUGGGAAAAUUACUCACCAGAGCCCCCACUAGUCUAUUUCCCCAUCUAUCGAUCCAAAGACUACGGAAAGACCUGGUCGGAGAUCUCAAAGGUCCAAGAUACGGCAAACCACCUGGGGCUACGGUACCAACCGUUCCUUUAUUACUUACCAGAGCGCAUUGGUUCAUUUAAAGCAGGCACACUGCUGCUUGCUGGAAACAGCAUCCCGACCGAUCUCUCCACCACUCAACUUGACCUAUAUGCGUCAGAAGAUGAUGGCGUGACAUGGAAGUUUUUGAGUCACAUUGCAGCUGGCGGAGAGGCAGUGCCUAAUAAUGGACUAACGCCUGUCUGGGAACCCUAUUUACUUGCUCACAACGGCAAGUUGAUUUGCUACUAUUCAGAUCAACGUGCGAAUACCACCCAUGGACAAAAGCUGGUGCACCAAGUCACAACUGACUUGAAGAAGUGGGGUCCCGUCGUGGACGAUGUUGCCUAUCCAACUUAUACCGACCGACCUGGAAUGCCCAUUGUGACCAAGCUUCCAAAUGGGCAAUAUAUUUACAUAUAUGAAUAUGGGUCGUUCUUCAACACAUCUACCUACUCCUUCCCACUUUACUACCGCUUGUCAUCAAACCCAGAGGAUUUUGCCUCGGUCGAGCACCAUCAGCUAGUCGUUUCGAGUGGCACUGUCCCGACCUCUUCUCCAUAUGUGGUAUGGACACCUUAUGGGGGCAAAUAUGGCACCAUAAUCGCUAGCUCCGGUUCGCAGAGCACGCUCUUUAUUAAUCAGGCGCUCGGCAAAGGUGAAUGGACUGAGAUCGCCUCUCCAGAAUCAAUCAGCUACACGCGAUCACUGCGGGUGCUCUCAGAGGGAGAUGGAAGAUAUCUAUUGAUCAAUGGGGGCGGAGUAUUAUCUGGAACCACUAACACAGUCUCAGCGAGUGUGAUGGAUUUGAAGAACUCCCUGUAA